UAGAUAUCAGUCGAUCCUCUCUCGUCAGCGGACAGUGAAGGUUACCUGCUUCAACAGUGCUUGAACGGAAACCUUUCAACUGUCUUCAGACACCCGAAAAUCAAUUUGAUCAUAGUCAUUAAUCAAUAACAACCGAAUCUAAUUUUAAUCUCUUUUAAAACAUCAGCUACUCUCAGUUCAUCCAGAGCACGUUCAUCCUGCCAGCUAGCCAGCUAACAGUUUGUUGUGCUAACAACGAGAUACUCUUCAACCUCCUCGCUAGAAGACCUGCUACUGAAACACGAGAAUCAUGAGUUCCCAGGUGAGACAGAACUUCCACCAGGACUGCGAGGCUGCAAUCAACAGGCAGAUCAACCUGGAGCUGUAUGCCUCCUACGUCUACCUGUCAAUGGGAUACUUCUUUGACCGGGAUGACCAGGCAUUGAAGAACUUUGCCAAGUUUUUCCUCAGUCAGUCACACGAGGAGCGCGAGCACGCUGAGAAGCUGAUGAAACUACAGAACCAGAGGGGGGGAAGGAUCUUCCUUCAAGAUGUCAAGAAGCCAGAGAGGGAUGAGUGGGGCAGUGGAGUCGAGGCCCUUGAAUGUGCCCUGCAGCUUGAGAAGAGCGUGAACCAGUCACUGCUGGACUUGCACAAGCUCUGCGCUGAGCACAAUGACCCACACAUGUGUGAUUUCAUCGAGACGCACUACCUGGACGAGCAGGUGAAGUCCAUCAAAGAACUUGCUGACUGGGUGACCAACCUGCGCCGCAUGGGAGCUCCUAAGAACGGCAUGGCCGAGUACCUGUUCGACAAACACACCCUGGGCAAAGAAAGCAGCUAAAUCCGUCCACAUCAUAUUUCCUAAAGCUUUCUAUAUAUGUAUAUUUGGAUCUUGCCUUCAAAUGUAUUCCACAUAUGACGCCAUCUGCAUGGUACAGGCUAGUCAUUUAAAGCUCUUAUAUUAAUUACUCCAUGUGGUUAUUCUCCACUUUACAUUGACUUCACUAACUGAGCUAUUCCAUUCAAAGCCCACUCUUGUAUCUUGCACUUCUCUCUAUGCUGUCAGCUAUGCCUACGUCAUUAUGAUGUAUUUGCUGUGUUUUAUGCCAAGAGCUGUUAAUCAGACCAAAUAAAACGAACCCUCUGGAUUCUGA